AUGAGUUUCGGAGCAAGAGCUGCAGAGAGGUUGGCCAACAAGACUAUCCUCAUAACUGGUGCCUCAUCAGGAAUUGGCGCUGCUACUGCCCGCGAGUUUGCAGCUGCCGCAAAGGGAAACAUUAAGCUCAUUUUGGCGGCACGGAGAGAAAGUAGAUUGAGAGAUUUGGCCACAGCUUUGAAUCUGUCAUUUGCAGCAAUCAAAGUCCACACAACUAAGCUUGAUGUAUCAGACGCUGGCGCUAUUAGCUCUUUUUUGAGCUCAUUACCCGCUGAGUUUCAAAAUAUAGAUGUGUUAGUUAAUAACGCCGGCAAGGCAUUGGGUCGCGAUAACGUAGGAGAAAUCGAUCCGGAAGACCUCAAUGGUAUGAUCCAAACAAACUUAGUCGGGUUGGUUAAUAUGACUCAAGCCAUCUUGCCAAUUUUGAAAAAGAAGGAUUCUGGAGACAUCAUUAACAUUGGAUCAAUUGCUGGGAGAGAGCCAUACCCAGGCGGAAGCGUUUAUUGUGCUUCUAAAGCCGCUGUCAACUUUUUCACCGAUUCUUUGCGUAAGGAGCUUAUCAACACCAAAAUCAGGGUUAUGGAGGUUCAACCUGGCAUGGUUGAGACAGAAUUCAGUUUAGUACGCUUUCACGGAGACAAGGACACUGCUGAUAACGUUUAUACGGGUACCACUCCAUUGACAGCCGAUGAUAUUGCAGAAUUGAUAGUGUUCGCUGCAACAAGGAAAGAGAACACAGUGAUUGCAGAAUCUCUUAUUUUUCCAAGCCACCAGGCUGGCUCCAGUCACUCUUUCAGAAGAUGA